UCACAAUGGGUGUGCCUUAUGCUAUGUUUACAGAGGAUUUACACUUACUCCCAGGGCAGUCUACUGAGGGCGCUACUUGCCGACAGCAGACAUUUUCACCCUUUUAGAGUGUGACUGAAGGAGUCCAGCCACUGACUGAGCAGACACGGAAGAUUAUUCACUUGUCAGCAGAAGACCCAGUUUUCACCUGCCUGAUCUAAGAUGGUGAUUGCCAAGGCAUGGGUUCUAAAGAAGCAUUUUGAAGGUCUUCCCAAAACCAGUGACUUUGACCUGAAGAGCAUAGAGCUACCGAAUCUAAAGGAUGGAGAGUUGCUGCUUGAAUCAGUGUUUCUCAGCGUUGAUCCUUAUAUGAGACCUUAUAGUCAACGUUUGAUGAAGGAAGGUGACAUAAUGAUAGGCAUGCAGGUUGCCAGGAUUGUAGAAAGCAAAAAUCCUGCUUUCACAGUGGGGGCCUUUGUCGUGGGUGACAAGGGCUGGAGAACUCAUUUUAUCUCUGAUGGGAAAGACCUACAACUCCUUCCUUCCAGUUGGCCAGAAUCACUCCCCAAAUCUCUAGCUCUUGGAACAGUUGGCAUGCCAGGCCUCACUGCAUAUUUUGGUCUGCUGGAGGUCUGCAAGAUGAAGCCAGGAGAGACAGUGCUGGUUAAUGCUGCAGCUGGUGCUGUGGGCUCUGUGGUGGGUCAGCUUGCUAAAAUUGGGGGUUGCAAAGUGGUUGGCUGUGCUGGCUCAGAUGACAAGGUUGCCUAUCUGAAAAAAAUAGGCUUUGAUGAAGCCUUUAAUUACAAGACUGUUAAGUCUCUGGAUGAAGCACUGCGUGAAGCCUCUCCUGAUGGCUACGACUGUUUCUUUGACAAUGUGGGUGGAGAAUUUGCCAGUGUUGCUAUCAACCAGAUGAAGAAAUAUGGAAGGAUUGCAGUCUGUGGUGCCAUCUCUCAGUACAAUGACUCUGUGCCUCAGAAAGGGCCUUAUGUGCAGAUUCCCAUGAUUUUCAAAGAGCUUCAAAUGGAAGGGUUUAUUGUGAGCCGGUGGAGCAACCGCCGGGAGGAAGGUCUGCAGGCCCUGCUAAAGUGGGUUGUGGAGGGAAAGGUGAAGUACCAUGAACAAGUCACUGAAGGAUUUGAGAACAUGCCGAUGGCUUUUAUAGGAAUGUUAAAGGGAGAAAAUCUUGGAAAAGCUGUUGUAAAAGUGUGAAGAUCAGCUAUUCCUGGAAGACUGGCACAGGGGAAUGUGAUUCUACCCAUUUACAUGUUAAAUGUAAAUUCUACAUGUUUAACCAUGUUAAACGGUUUUAACUCAAUCAUCAAAUAAAAUGAUCAGUAUGUUAUAAUAACCUUGCUGGAUGUUUGGUGAUCAUAACUUCUGUUAACAAUUUGGCUAAUAAGUCUCAGUAUAUUCCAAUUGCUUUGAAGAAAUUGAGAAUUGCUUCCCAGAGCUACACAAAACAAAGUGCCUCUUGAACCUUUCUAUGAGCAGGCUUGUAGAAAGGAAAAUCAGUUAGAAAUGCUUUGCUAACUGAUGGCACAUUUAAUUUUUACCCAUUGAUUUGGCCCAGAACUUAGCAUGGGGGAUUUUAUAAAACCCAUAUCAAGGAGUGGAGAACAAGCUAAGCUAACAACACUUGGGGAU